AUGAACCGACCAAACCUUAUUCUAUUAGAAUGCAAAGAUGUCAAUAUUUUUCUUGAAAACACGACGAAACGACGGCCGUAUAUUGAUGAAAAGGUCAAACCUUUGCUAGAGGAUGAUGCAUUUCCUGAUCAAGCAGCAACAAUAGCGGCAAAUUUACUCGACCGAUGUAAAUACACACUUGAAAGCACCCAUCGUCCGAUCGAACGUGAACCCUAUCAGAUCAAGUUUUUCCUCGAAUCUGGUAUUAUGCGUCUACGCCUCGAUGCAUUUGCAUGGUUUGAUUAUAUUUUACCUAUUCAUCACAGUGAUCCUGUUCAUCGCGCAAGAAUUGCUAGGGAAUACGUAAGCGAAUGUUUAGAACGAAAGCAUAAGAGCAUCAGUAGUCGACGAAUUGUUUGUCCUACAAAUCGAGAGUCUAGUAAAAGCAGAGAAGCGUAUAUCUGCAUGGAUAGGAACUGUAGAUCCAAUUCCUGUAGACGUCAUGUGCCACAGAAAUGUCGGGACAAAGUGAGAUUGAUUCACGGAGAUAUGGGAGAAUGUAGUCAACAUUUUCCAGAUUCAACAUUUAUUACUUCGUUCACUAUCGGAAAUGAACAAUUUGUACUUUACUCUCGCUGGGAAUCAACUCGUGAUGUUCUUUUAUUUCCUGUUCGGCAUAGCACAAAUGAAUACUUUGCUAAAUCACCUGCAGCAUGGCAAGCUAUUGCUGAGGUUAAGCGGAAACUAUGUGCCAUUAUCUCGCGUAUUCGUCGUGAUCAAAGAAUCGAUAGUCCAAUUGAGUCUGUUGCAUUUAACUUUGGUAGUUGGACAAGUGAAAUCGGCAAGAACAAAUAUGCUACAAUCGCUCACGCUCAUGCCCAUUUGGUUUUGACACCCGAAGCAAUUUUAGCAUUCCACACAAAUAUUAAGCCUCAUUAUUUUUCACCGGAAGAAAACUUAUACAUACUGAAUUUGACUGGUUGCUAUCGAGAUCCAGAUGAUCACGAAUACAAUGAUGCAAUUGCUUUACAGCAUAGUCGUUUAUUGUCCUACCAUAUCGAACAAACUGAAGCUCGUUUCAAAAGUAUCGAAGAUAAUAUGGUAACGAAGGAUAUGCUGGCAGAAUUCAAAAAGGAAUUGUUCGAAGAAAUCCAUCUACUUCUUGGGAAUAUCCAGCGAACAUCAAUUCCUACACCCGACACAACGAAUGAAGAGCCAUCUGAACCCGCAGUGGAGGAUGGGCUUGAUGAUGCCUCAGCUCCACAGAUAUUGUCUGAUAAUACGAAUACGACAAUACCAUCAAAACUAUCCAGAUGGCAAAAGAAAAAAGCUAAAAAAAGAAGACAGGAGGAACGAAAGCAAGAAGAAGAUAAACUAAAGAUGCAAACAAAAUAG